AUGAAGGGCCAAUCUAUCACUGCGUUCAUGACAGGGCUGAAGGUCAUUCUCGCCCAGAUGGAGACAGUUCCUCACAGGUCCUGUCAGAAGCGGGUGCUUACACAAGCUGCCACUCCCCCACCAACCAUCGAUCUCGACCUGGGAGACGAUGAGCUCUUCCCAUGCGACUGCACUCUACAGGGCCGAAACUCCCUGGAUGCCGCCUACCUCAACAACCCACUACUCAGCUCGCUCAAGACCAAGGAGUGCGGCCUGGACUAUAUCAGGCGUGCUCUCGACGCCCUUGAGGCCAUGAGCACCUGCACGCGGUGCUCCGGGAAGGAAUACGUCCGAAGCUUCCUCUAUCUGCUCUGCCGAACGAUCUUGCAAAGAAGCCGGGCGUUCUAUCACCACCUGGUCCGGACGUACGAGGGCAAAGACCAGCAGCCUCUUUUGCUGGAUGAUUACCAGCUUGCGACGGUCGAGGAACGGGCUGCGCUGCUGUGUAUGUUCACCUAUGUCGAGAUAAAGCGAUUCCACGACUGUGUGGGUCGCAUUAUCGAGACGCUCCGAGAACAGCCCAUGUUCGAUGAGGAUUCGUGGGCCCUCAUCAAGGGUCAGGCCUAUAAGCUGGCUGUCGAUACGGCUGAGCUUCGCUUCAAAUCCAUUCACUGUUAA